CGCAACGCACGAGCCGAUCCCGCCAGCUGGAAGCGACGUCGGGCGCGUGCUGACGGAAAGUUGCUCGUUCGGCUCGUGAAUCGAGCUUUCUUCUUGCCUUCCGAUCGCUGCGAUACCCCCUCAGGCAAUCAAAACAGACGAGGAGAAAGAAGUCAUCGGUCGCGUCGAGUGUUUCGCGUUGGAGCAGUCACAACAGCCGGGGCUUUCGGUCGACACGACGCUCUGGGCAAACCCCACGAAAAGGAAUGCUUCAGCGGAACCCCUCGGCGGCGCCGGUAGUGCGUCUUUCCCCAGAGCCGCGUGCGAGAGUGUAGCCAGCCACCGGUGGCAGUAGGUCGCCGUGCUUCCCGGCCGCUCAUCGCGCUCCUUUCUGCGCCGGCGGCCAGUUGCGGCGGAAAGGCUGUAAGAUUUUGCUUGUUGCAUUGCGCGGCGCGUGGAGAGAGGGGUGGACGCAUUCGGCGCUCUUCGUUUUGGGGGCCUCGCCGCCGACUGACUUGAGUGACUGACUGGAAACGGUGCGAGCGAGGCUCGGCAAGAGCGGGAGCGGCGCGAGGCCGCGAAAUACGAAGCUAUGUCGCUGAGUAAGUUCCUGUGCGCGUCGGUGCCGUACAACUGCUACGAGAUCGGACACACGUGGACGCCGCACUGCAGCCAGGCCUGGUUCGACGUCUGGUACAACACGUUCACCAGAGCGGUCAAGCUGUACGGAGUCCUCUACCUGGUGGGACAGCUGGUGGCUCGUCGCCAUGGCAGACGUGCCUUCAUGCAGACUCUCCGGAGCACCUUCGACUCCUCCAUGUUCAUCAGCCAGAAUUUUUUCCUCUACCUGGCGCUGGUCUGCAUCUGCAGGCAGUCAACUGGCCGGCUGCAUCUGAUGCAGUCCACGCUGCUGUGCGGAUUUAUUUCUUCGGCCUGUGCCAUCACAAUCGAGCGACCCGCGAGGAGGUCAGUUCUGGCGCUGUACAUGCUGAAUUUGGCUUCUGAAAUUGUUUACCGUAUGCUACGCAGCAGAGGAGUCGUCAGAGACGUACCCAACUUCGAGGUGGCGAUGUUCGCACUCAGCCUUGGAGGAUAUAUUUAUUAUGCAAGGAAAAAUGGGCACUUCAAUGAUAUCGUGCCACUUGUUUUGAGGCACCUGAUCGGAAAAGAGGAGCUAGUUGGCUACGCCCAGCUUGAGGCGAAGCUGGCUCUCAAGGAAGCCGAACUCCUCAAGGCGCCCGGCGACGUCGACAAGUUGGUCCGUUUGUGCGACGUGACGCCCAUCACAGAGACACCUCCCUUAAUCACGUGCAACGGCAACGGACACGCGUACGCGAACAAAGUGGGAGGAAAGGUCAGGGGCCCGCUCGUCGCGGUCAACGGCACGGACAAGCACCACUCACCACGUGCAAAAUCUUGGUUGCCCUUGCACGGAGUCACCAACGGAGGGCUCGUCGAUCAAUGUGCGUGUGACCACGGAAGCGCUCUACGUGUGCUAAGCAGCGUGUUCGGGCUACUGAAGGAACGCCACUGCACCUGCAGGCACCAGUACAGCUGCCUCGCCAAUUUUUUCAAGGUAGCUCUAAAGUUCGGCUCUGUUGGAUGGGCAGCCGGCGUCGGCUUCAGCGUGCUUAAAGGAUACCGCAAGAUACGAAUACGGCAGCUUCUCUCCGGACUGCUUCUAGGCCCAAUGGCACUCCGCACGGGGUGCUUUCUGGGCGGACUGACGGGAUUUUACAGCCUAAGCAGUUGCGUGCUUCGUUGGUUCAGCGGCGGCCAACGGGACUGGCACGGCCUGGUGGCCGGCACCGCGGGCGGGCUUGCGUGCGCCGUGUGCCCCAGCUCGUACGUCUCCCUCUACCUGCUCUGGAAGCUCAUCGAGCUCGUCUACCUGAAGAGCGCGGAGCAGCAGCUUGUUCCCAAGUUCGAAGGCGCUGCCGUGUGGCUCUACGCCGUGUGCACAAGCAUCAUGCUCUACGUCGCGAUCUUGGAGCCCCACAACUUGAGGCCGCAGUACCGCAAGUUCCUGGACGACAUAUCGGGAAGGCUGAUGUCCCAGAUCAACCGGUUUCCCCUGGAUAUGCUGGGCCUGCACUCUUCGCAGGCCUUCCCACAUUAUUCCCCGCUCAACCUGGACCGCAGACACAUCACCAGGCAGUACCUGCAGCACGUCCUCAUCUGGUUGUGAAGGCGCUUUGCGCGGCUUCACGCCCGCCUGGUCCCCCUUCUCUGGCUCGACGUUUAUGCUCUCGUUGAGUGUUCGGAGAAAACGAAAACAAGGAAACGAAAGGCUAAAAUCAAAUUACAGGGGCUAUUCCUCCUGCUCUGUCAGCGCUCGCAGUUGUGUUGUGCUCCGAUAGCCUCUAUUAUCGUCAACAGAAUGCUGCAACCGAGAUUCCGUACAACACUCGGAGAGGCGCGAUUUCCAGGCGGACGUACGAGCCGCCUUGGUUAAGAGUUCCUGUGAUAACUUCACGUUCGUUUUGUCGCUCAUCCCACAUCGUGUUCUACAUAAUCACUUGUAUAGAAAGUAUGUUCAAUAAAAUUUUUUACAUUGGUA